AAGGCUCUGUGUUCAAAGGGUGCCAUAAUGUGCAGCUUUAUUUAACGUAUUUUCGCAGAACAAGACAGUGACAGGGGCCGUGGUGGCUGUCUGCGUGUGCAGGUGCAAGCUUGGUGCCUGCCGGGAGAUGCCUGCAGUGCCACCAAGGCUAAUAUUGGUAAGAAACCGGCUCACCACUUGUCCAGCCAGCUAAUUUGCACAGUGUGAUGUAACAGGCGGUAACUGUGAUAGUGUUGUUACCUGUCACCAACAACAACAACAACACAGGGCUGUCAGAGAUGUGCGGGGAAUUAAAGAGAGGCGGCGAUUAGAGAGAGAGCGACUAAAGAGAGAGAGAAAAUGAGAGCGAGGAAAAAACAUCUUGCUUCUCUCGCUCUACUUGUGAUAGGGGGGACGCUGCUGGCCCUGACCCUGUACGACCUUGAGACAUCAGAGCCGAGGGACAUAGAGGAGAUUUUGGGCCGCCUCAGUGACCAAGAGGUGUGCUGGCUGACUGAGAAGUAUUCCAUUGCCACCCCCCUGUGUUAAAUGCGCAGCUAUCGACCUCGCCAAGACCCCCAACCAGUGUGAGGUGACAGGAUAUGUGCAGGAGGUGGUGUGUGAGACAUCGGGCCACACUGUGAAGAGCUGCCAGGUGCAAAUUUGGAACGAAGAAGUGGAGUUUUGGUGGUUCGAGGCAGUGGCAGCAGUGGUGGGAGUGGUAGGGGGGCUGUCUCUUGCCGUACAGAGACACGCGAGGUCACAACACCACUGCCACGCACAGCACUCACCGCACGCACCGCACGCCACGCUGCACUGCCUCCCGGCCCUCCUGGUGUGAGAUCCACCACCACCACCACCACUACCACCAUGACCCUAUACCUGGCAGGGCAGUGGAAGGGUGGAGAGCCAAAGGGUGCCAUAGAGGUCCCUGCUGAGACACUGAUAUCCCUGUUCACCCUGCAGUAUUGCCAGAACAGUGUGGUGAGUGUGGUGUUGCUUCCUAGCCGAGUUGACAACACCACAUGCAUUUUCCCCAUUUCCUUGAGUUCCCUGGUGUUUCCUGUGGUGCUGCAGGAGGAGAGGGAGUGCCCAGAGGUGUUGCAGUGUUGUGAGCUGCCAGCCAUGGUGUUGCAAGAGGAGGAGGAGGAGGAGGAGAGGUGUAGGAGGAGGAAAAAGCAAAGGAAGGUGAGAGAGGAAGGGAGGAAUAGACAGAAUAGUGAGGAGAAGGAGGAGGAGGAAAAGAAUGGAGGACUGAAGAAUAGAAGAGGAGGAGGAGGAGAGAAAGGUGGGGAGAAAAGUAAGGAUAGAUUAGUGGAGAAUGGAGGAAAGGAGGAGGAGGAGGAGGAAGAGAAGAAUGGAGAAAUAAGACCAGAGGAAGAAGAAGACAAAAAAGAGGAGGAAGAGAAUAAGGAAGAGGAAGAGAAAGAAGAAAACAAAGCAACAUAUAAAGAGACAAACACAGAUAACAAAACAAACAAGAAGAGGGAAGAGGAGGAAGGGAAAGAAGAAGGAGGAGGAGGAGGAGGAGGAGGCCCUUGGUGUUGUGCUGGUCUCUGUUCAUCCCUAAGACUUGCUGUGAAGAAGAUAACACAAGGAAGAGGAGGAGGAGGAGGAAAGAAGCACCAGAGGAAGACAACAACAGAAAAAAGAGGAGGAGGAGGAGGAGGAGGAGGAGAGGAAGGAUAUGUCAACACCAACCACUACACCACAGAUCUCUUAGGCUUUCGCGGUGGUUGCCUCCAAGCGUGUGCCGAGGUGAGUGUGUGGACAAAGUUCUGUGAGGUGGAGGCCCCUGCGGCACUCCUCUCAGCGGCACAGAACCCAUACAGUGCCAGAGACGUGUUGGUGUACCCCGGGGACUUGCUGAGAUACGAACACCACCUCCGUCGCCCACCUAUCCUACAUAAUGCUUUAAAACGCACUCAGCAACACAUUCGGGAGACUGUCAGCGAUGCCACAUGUGAGGAACUGUGCCGCCGACCCCUGGCACUCCUCCCGGCGCUGGCACAUCAGUUCGCAGAGGGCCUAGACAUGACUCUGGCCGACUUAAUGCUGUUCGUCUGUUUCCACUUAAUCCUACGCAGUCUGGCUUCAGCGGACGUGGCGACAGCAGACAUCACCCCUCUAGUCAACACCUGGCACUCCACGCUGGCACUGGAUGCUCGUAUACAAGCGGCAAUGCCUGUUCUUGAGCUGGCACAGGCACUCAUGGCAGCACAGACUGGCACUCCUAGUUUAAAGGUGCCGGAAGUCGAGGAUGUGAGCAUCUACAAAAGUGAUCCAGAGAGAAAUAAAAGUAGAGGGUUUUUCACAAGGCAAGGGGAUGUGGAGGAGGUGCUCAGGCUGGUGGAGGAGGCACAGGUGGAGGAGAGUUAUGUCCACUGGCCACCUGACUCAUCUGACUCCUCCUCCUUCCUCUCCUCCGCUGGAAAUCUUCUGUUGUCUUCUUUCUUCUCUUCGUCUUCAGAAUUCUUGCCAUCCUCGUCUUCCUCCUCCUCCACAAACCCUCACUCUUCCUCCUCCUCCACCACAAAAUCUUCCUCUUCCUCCUCCUGCUCCCCAGCCCUGCACACGCUCCUCUCGUCUCUCUCCCUGGAGGGCCACGUGCCACAGACUCGCUUGCAGAGAAAGACACAACAGCUUCAGAACAUUUGCAGCGCCACACUUGCUCUCGCCAAACCUGGACACACCGUUGUUGACUUCUGCGCAGGAGGUGGCCACGUGGGCAUCCCCUUAGCCCAGUGCCUGCCCGAGUGCCGCGUCCUGCUGGUGGAGAACAAGGCGUCAUCACUACAGAGAGCUAGAGAACGAGUGCGUGAAUUGCAGCUAAGAAACGUGUGGUUUGUGCAGAGUAACCUAGAUUACUUCCGCGGUCCGUUUGAUAUUGGUGUAAGUUUACAUGCGUGUGGCGCCGCAACGGACCUCGUGCUCGGGAAGUGCAUGGCCAAACGAGCUGCAUUUGUCGUCGCACCUUGCUGUUACGGAAGCAUCAGACCAAACCACGUAGUGUCAUACCCGCGUAGCUCAUUAUUUCACGCCCUCAACCUGACGCCAGACCAGUACCUGACGUUGGGACACGCCGCCGACCAGACCCAUGGGAGUGACAAUCCUAAAACCGCGCAGGGCCAAAGAUGCAUGAGGUUGGUGGAUGGGGACAGGCUGGCACGGGUACGGGAGGUGGGUUAUAAGGCUGCUCUGGCCCUCAUGCACCCCGCUACCUGCUCGCCAAAGAACCAUCUACUCCUAGGGGUGGUUACGUAAACAGUGCGCCCUUCUGGAAUUAAAAUGAUGUAUGAAUUGUUGUUGUGGUGUUAAAUAGUGAAUUGUGUGAUGAAUAGUCAAUAAAAGGAUAGACUGGUGGGGAAGGGAAUGAGGGAAUAAGUAAAAAGUGAAGGAAUGAAGAAAAUGGAAGAAUAGGGAAUAAAUAAAUAAAAGAAAAGGUAAAAAAAUAUUGGUGUUAUCAUAGAAAUAGACAAGAAAUAAGUGUAAAUAGAUUAAACUGAAAAAUAUUACAAAAAAAAUGAAAAAAAAUUAUCAGAUUUAAAAAUAAAAUGAAAAAUACUGGGAUUUUUAGAAGAAUCACAAAAAAAAGAAAAAUAUUGAUGUUUUGAGAACUUGUCAAAAUGGAUGAAGAAUGAAAAGAAGUUGUGUUUUUAGAAGAAUUACAGAAAAGAUCGAAAAAUUUUGGUGCUUAUAAAUAAAGUAGACAACACAUAGAAAGAAAAAAAAUGAAAAAAAAAGAAAGAUGAUUUUUAGAAUUACACAACAAAAAAAGUAAUGAAAAAAAUAUUGACUUUUUUAAAAUUACACAACAAAAAAAAAUGAAAAAAAAUAUCAACGUUUUUUAGAAGAAUUACACAACAAACACUAAGAAUUAAAAGAAAUAUUGAUGCUUUUAGACAAAUUACACAACAAACACAAACAACAAAAACAAACAAACAAACAAACCAGAGAACAAAGAGACAGAAAACAAGAAUAUUGAUAUUUUAAGAACCAGACAAACUAGAUAAACAAUAAAGAAGGAUAUUAAUGUUUUCACAAGUAAAACAAACAAAUAAACAAACAAACAAACAAACAUCACAACCCACCACCUUUGUUAGCCUAAUCUUGUAUCACCACCACCAUCACCACCACCACCACCACCACCACCACCGCUAGUAUCUGCCACACUAACAACGCACGGUGACGACUACAAUUUAAUAGCUUACUUGUACACGCGUUCACUCGUACGUACGGACAUCACGUUUUCGGAGUGUUUGUGUCCUUUUUUUUAUUGAAUUAGUGUUUUGUGUAAAUAAAUACAUUUGGAAAUUA